AUGAGAAUGAACGAUGAUGCUGUAACAGGUAUGGGGGUUCACUUUGGAGGGGAUCCUCCUGAAGCAGACUUACAAGGUGAACCAAUUCCCAGUGCUGAUGUUACUAAUAUUGAAGAUGAUGGGCGUCAACUAUUGUACCCCAAUAUAGGAACACACUUACCAUUAAAAACUUCAGAUCGAUUACUUGAUGAUAUACUAUGUUCAGUUGGCUUUUUGACCAGUGGUGACAAUAAAAGUAUCUUGAACUCGAAUACUUUAGAAUAUUCGAAACAGAGGCCGCAUAUAAAGGGGUCAGCUGUGGGAUUCUUUCAAGAUCAAGUAAUUAUACAAACCAAAUACGAAUAUCCCUCCAAGAGCUGUCCAGAACAUAACAAGAUCUUUGUCAUCAUGGGUAUAUUGAUAGGUACAGACUAUUUAGAGAAAGCUGAAAAGAAACAGAUUAGUGAAGUCACUGAAAUUCCAAUUUAUCAUGUAAAAAUAAGCGUGAAAGUUAGAUCGAUAUUGGAAAACUCCAAAAAACUGGUUGGUGUUUCUAGAUACUAUAAAUUAGACCAGCUACACGACUAUGAUAGAGUAGAUUUCCCGUCAUAUGAUCCAACUGACAGUAAACUAUUGGAUAGUGCUUUAUAUGCCACAGAUGACACGAAUAAAAUAGUGUUAAUUGAGAUCUACAAACCUGAAUUUGAUCCAGAAGAUAAAGACCUAAGCGUUUCUUCAGUUCAAAUAAAAAAUAGGUUUGCCCAAGCCAAAGAAAAAUUUCCACAACUGGCUAAGGAGGAAUCACCAACUCAGCUAGACAGUAUCAACACACUUUUCAAGUUAUUCAAAGGACCUUUGAAACGCAAAUCAGACGAUGCCCCUCAAAAGUCUAUUGAAGCCGAACACCCUUUACUUAUAUCUAACAUGAAUCCCUCUGCACUGGUAACUCACUUUGGGUUUACAUAUACCAAUGAGAACAUUCCUGGGGGAGAAUACAUGGCACCAGACUUAGUGAACUACUUAGGUGACCCUAAUAUUCAGAAGCUUAGAGACACCUUCACUCGAAAAUGUUUGGAGCUAAUUGCAUAUGGUAAUAUCAUUAUUUCAAGUUUACCUCAGAAUAUAACUUCUACUGCUGAAUUCAGUAAAAAAUAUAGAAUUUUGAGAACAAUUCAACCAGAGUUUAGUUUAUUUUCUUGGUUACAGUUAUUGGGUGAUUUUAAAUCGAGAAAUAUUGAACUUUUAAAUGUUAAUGAACAUAAAGGAUAUCAUUUACAAGAGGCCCAAAAACGCGUCUACUACUCUCCCUUUGAUAUCGAUUCCAAUUUUACUAAUCUUUCUGUUUGCUUACACUAUGCUGAAAGAGACAUCAUACAAAACUAUGAACGACUAAUUACGUUGGAUGAGCCUAAUAUUGGAAUAUACUUUGAUUCGUUAUCUGUUGUUGCAAAUAGGAAGGGGUCAUACCAACUACUAUCCUACUGUGGUAAGCAAGACGUUAUAGGUCAAGAAGCUCUACAGAAUUCACUAGCUGUUUUUGGUAUUGACUAUACAAAGGUUACUUUAGAAUCUCUUGAUGAAAAUCUCUUACUAUCAGUUUACAAACAUGAAUGGAAAGAGAAUCCGGACAACAACAGAAUCAGCGAUCUUAAGAAUGCACUGCGACUUCUUGCAAAGUACUUCACAUCUGAUUACUUGAAGUUUUAUGUUGAUUAUGAGCCAUAUCGAAUUAUACAGAAAGCAUAUGAUCUGCUCGAAAUUGAUGAAUCCGUUGAUGAGGACAUUAUACAAACCGCUUACACAAUUAAAAUCAAUGAUGCACCUGGUCUUAAGAUAGAUUGUGAUAGGGCACUAUAUACUAUUGCGUACAGUAGAAGAAGUUUGAUGUUAUUUAAUUUCCUCUUUGAUCAAUGUCCUGAAUUCCAAAGAUAUUAUGGUGCACAAUCACUUGGAUACCAUCAGUCGUUUGAAAUAUUACAAAUCAAUGAAAACAUCACAGAGCCUAACCUAUUGCAUGUGUUUCAGCAAAAGUGGAAAAACACUUUACUAGAAGAACCAGAUCAGCUCUUGAAAUAUAGGGCCGCUUUAACAAAAAUUGCUCUAGAAAGAAACUCCAAUCUGCUACUGAACUUUUUAGAGACAGGUAAUAUAAAUCCUAAUUCAUUACCUGCAGAAAACUGGCCAACUGGUAUUAAUAAUAUUGGUAAUACAUGCUACCUAAACUCCCUUCUUCAAUUUUAUUUUGCGAUAUCACCUUUAAGAGAAUAUAUUGUUCAAUACCAGAAAACCAUUGCCGACUUGAGUUCCAACCCUGAUAGUAUUAUAUCAAAGAGACGGAUAGGUGGAAGACAGGUUGGUAAGAAUGAAAUUGAAAGAUCUGUGCAGUUUCUAUAUCAAUUAAGAGAUCUUUACAACGACAUGAUAUUUUCAUCUCAACGUUGUGUCACACCUAAAAGAGAGCUAGCAUAUUUAGCUUUUGCACCUAGCAGUAUCGAUGUUGAGUUUGAGAAUGCAAAAACAAAAUCCCCGAUCUCAAAUAUAGAAGGAUCAAAUUCUACUACAGAUAGCCAACCAAUGCCAAGUACAGGUGAAAAUAUUGAUCAUAAUAUGGAUAUAGAACAAGAGGAACGUAAUAAUGAAGAGAUUAACUCUACUAACAAUAUUGAAUCUAAUGAUCUGGUAUCUAACAACCAUGAUAUUGAAAUGCUUGACACUGAUAAAGAGAAUGAAGGUAAUAUGGAAAUAGAAGACACAGCAAUAAAAGUAGCUAAAAUAGAUCCUGAACAACUAGAAAAUGCUCUUGAAUUGGGGCGCCAACAAGACGUAACCGAAUGUAUUGGAAAUGUCUUAUUUCAACUUGAGAGUAGUUCAUCUCCAACUUCUCUUUCUGAGGAUCAUGAACAGAAUGACUUGAUUAAGGAAUUAUUUUUCGGUGAAACUAAUCAGCACAUUAAGCCAUUGAAGGCCGAUUCUGUUACCAGAACCAAAGUAGAACGGUUUGUCUCCCUACUAGUUAAUAUUGCUGACCAUCCCAAGGAUGUAUACGAUGCGUUGGAUCUUUACUUUAAAGAGGAGUAUUUGACAAUGGAGGAAUAUGGCGAGGUUAAAAGAGAGUUGGCGAUCAAGAAGUUUCCAACUAUUUUACAGAUUCAGAUUCAAAGAGUGUACUACGAUAGGGAAAGAUUCAUGCCCUAUAAGUCUAUAGAACCUCUUCCUUUUGAGAGUGACAUUUAUUUGGAUAGAUACGCGGACACCGAUGAUGUGAAACUGUUGCAAAAGAGAGAAGAAACGGCGGAACUUAAGAGACAGUUACGCUCUUUCAAGGAAAGACAAAAAGAACUACUAUCUCGAAAUGAACUUGGACUAAGUCGUAGAGAUGCUUACAAAGAGACGGCAAACUUCCUGAGAUCAGAAGUUUUGCAAAAUACAAAUAUCAGCAUCAGUGAUCCUGAUCUUCUGGCUACAAAAUUAGAGGAAUCGGCAAGUAAAGUUGCCGAUGAACUGUCUGAUUUAUAUGUUAAAAUCACCAACCUAGAAGAGAAGAUUAACCACCAGUUCGAUGAUUUUACAGAGCAUGGAUAUACUUUAUUUGCGGUAUUCAUCCAUAGAGGUGAGGCUAGCUAUGGGCAUUACUGGGUGUACAUCAAAGAUUUCGUCAACUCUAUCUGGAGAAAGUACAACGACGAAACAGUUACCGAAGUACCAGAAGAAGAAGUCAUGAAUUUCACUGAGGGCAAUACUGCAACCCCAUAUUUUAUUGUGUUUGUGAAAAAGGGACAUGAGAAGGAUAUCGAGCCAUUGAAAAGAAUGAUAGAGAAGAAUUGA